GGACCGUAGCGGGGACGGACUGACCUACCGACCAUUCUUCCGGGUCCAGAAGGUGGUCUCUGCCCGUGCUCAGAAUCCAGGGGCCCGGGGCUGUAGGUAGGAGUUAAGUGGGUGGGGUCCCUUAACCGGGGUUGUCCGGUGCAGGUGGUGUGUGUUGUUUCGCUUAACGUGUCAGUGGCACAAAUCACGCGAACUUCAUAAACAUUGUGCGUUCGGAAGCCUUUCCAAGAUGAAUUUAAUCCCUGCGUGAGCCCACGUUAGGCAUUCACGAAGGCAUGUGCGCUGUUCUCUCGGAAGCGGCUGGCCGGCUUCCCAUCCUCGCGCGCGGCUGUGGGUGCAGGUCCUCACGUCCCAGCCUCCCAUGGGCCCAAGGCCUUCUGGGCUCCAAUUUGAGGCGAAGCCACCCCAGAUCCGUAAUUUUUCUGCAGUGAUUUAUUUUUACCUUUCAGAGAUCCGGAAAAUGAGGCCCAUAGGAAACAACUGACUUGCUGAGUCCAGAUAACACUUACUGUCAGAGAGAAACAUGAACCAGAAGCUACUGAAGUUGGAGAACUUGCUACGAUUUCACACUAUUUAUAUGCAACUGCACAGUCUGUGUCAAAGAAGAGCCUUAAGACAGUGGAGGCAUGGGUUUUCAUCUGCUUACCCUGUGUGGACAGCUCAACUGUAUGCCUGGCCCUGGCCAACAGAUGUGCUCACUGGGUCUGCUUUAUCCCAGUAUAGGCUUCUAGUAACAAAAAAGGAAGAAGGACCAUGGAAAUCUCAGGUAUCUUCAACAAAAUCUAAAAAGGUGGUAGAAGUAUGGAUUGGAAUGACUAUUGAGGAACUGGCCAGGGCAAUGGAAAAAAACACAGAUUAUGUAUAUGAAGCUUUAUUGAACACUGAUAUUGACAUAGAUUCACUGGAAGCAGACUCACAUUUAGAUGAAGUCUGGAUCAAAGAAGUGAUAACGAAGGCAGGGAUGAAGUUAAAGUGGAGUAAAUUAAAACAGGACAAAGUCAGAAAAAAUAAAGAUGCUGUAAGAAGGCCCCAGGCAGAUCCAGCUUUAUUAACCCCAAGGUCCCCAGUUGUUACUAUAAUGGGCCAUGUUGAUCACGGAAAAACGACAUUACUUGACAAAUUUCGAAAAACUCAAGUGGCAGCAAUGGAAACUGGAGGAAUCACUCAGCACAUUGGUGCCUUUCUUGUCUCUCUGCCUUCUGGGGAAAAGAUAACUUUUCUUGAUACUCCAGGACAUGCUGCUUUCUCAGCAAUGAGAGCCAGAGGUGCUCAGGUCACUGACAUUGUCAUAUUGGUUGUAGCUGCAGAUGAUGGAGUGAUGAAACAAACUGUAGAAUCUAUUCAGCAUGCCAAAGAUGCACACGUUCCUAUUGUUCUUGCCAUAAAUAAAUGUGACAAAGCUGAGGCUGAUCCUGAGAAAGUGAAAAAAGAGCUGCUGGCUUAUGAUGUGGUAUGUGAAGAUUAUGGAGGUGAUGUUCAAGCAGUGCCUGUCUCCGCACUUACGGGCGAUAAUCUGACGGCUUUGGCAGAAGCAACAGUUGCUCUUGCAGAAAUGUUAGAAUUGAAAGCAGAUCCCAAUGGUCCAGUGGAAGGAACAGUAAUAGAGUCUUUCACAGACAAAGGAAGAGGUCUCGUUACUACAGCUAUAAUUCAAAGAGGAACUUUAAGAAAAGGCUCUGUUCUGGUUGCUGGAAAAUGUUGGGCAAAAGUACGCUUAAUGUUUGAUGAAAAUGGAAAAACAAUUGCUGAGGCCUAUCCCAGCAUGCCAGUGGGAAUUACAGGCUGGAGAGACCUUCCUUCUGCAGGAGAAGAAAUUCUUGAAGUAGAAUCUGAGCCAAGGGCACGUGAAGUUGUUGACUGGAGGAAAUACGAACAAGAACAGGAGAAAGGGCAACAGGAUCUGAAAAUAAUAGAAGAAAAGCGAAAGGAACACCAAGAAGCAUAUCAGAAAGCCCGUGAGAAGUAUGGCAAUCUACUGUGGAAGAAGAGAUCAAUUCUACGGUUUUUAGAAAGAAAAGAACAAAUACCCUUAAAGCCAAAAGAGAAAAUGGAAAGAGAUUCAAAUGUACUUUCUGUGAUUAUUAAAGGUGAUGUCGAUGGUUCUGUUGAGGCCAUUUUGAACAUUAUAGAUACCUAUGAUGCUUCACACGAGUGUGAACUAGAAUUAGUACAUUUUGGAGUGGGUGAUAUUAGUGCAAAUGAUGUUAACCUUGCUGAAACAUUUGAUGGUGUUAUAUAUGGCUUUAAUGUGAAUGCAGGCAAUGUUAUCCAACAGUCAGCUGCAAAAAAAGGAGUAAAAAUUAAACUUCACAAAAUAAUUUACCGUCUUGUUGAAGAUUUGCAAGAGGAACUGAGCAGCAGAUUACCCUGUGCUGUGGAAGAGCACCCAGUAGGUGAGGCAUCUAUACUAGCUACCUUCUCUGUAACAGAAGGGAAGAAAAAAGUUCCUGUGGCUGGCUGCAGAGUCCAAAAGGGACAGUUAGAAAAACAAAAAAAAUUUAAACUAACCCGUAAUGGACAUGUAAUUUGGAAGGGCUCAUUAACCUCAUUGAAACACCAUAAAGAUGACAUUUCAAUUGUCAAAACGGGAAUGGAUUGUGGUCUCAGUUUAGAUGAAGAAAAUGUGGAAUUUCAAGUGGGAGAUAGAAUUGUUUGUUAUGAAGAAAAGCAAAUUCAAGCCAAGACUUCUUGGGAUCCAGGAUUUUAAAAUUACAUUAAAAAUUUAAAUAACUCAA